UGAGAGAUCGAAAACUAUGAAAUCGAAUAUCGUGAAUUCGAUUGUUUCGAUUAAUCGAUUAUUGAGAAGCAGGUAGUAAAAAAGCAGUGUGCAGUGGUUCGCAAAGGUGUUGUGUAUUUUUGAACAAAGAACAAAUUAAAAUGAGAUUAAAUUGGAAAUGAAUGAUGUCGACCAUACGGUGACAAAUCUAGCCAGAUCGGCGGAAAACUACGUCACCAGUGACGGAUUCCCCCGAAACUGGGACAAAGUGCAGUGUACUCUGGCAUUGCGCUUUACCGGAAUCUCUCUCACUCCAUGUCCUAGUAUUCUCCCCCUCUUUUUCUCUUUUUCUCUCUUUCUCUUACUCUCAGGAUUGACCAAUCGUCUCAUCAUCCUCAAACCCUCGAUCGAAACUGACAGGUAAUUAACAACGAAUGGUGCAGGUUCAACAACACAGUAUUUGGAGGGUUCAAUAUCAUGUCAGAUGGGGUUGAUGCUGGCGGCGGGGAAAACGAGGUAGAUUCUCAUUCCUGUUCGCACGCCGAUGUUGGAGAAUCCUCAAAUCCAAGAGAUGAAGAAAACUUGGAUUUAGAUAAUGAAGCUGCCUUAAAUACUAAUUAUGAUAGUGGUGAUGGUGCUGUACCAGCUUUUAGGUGUGAAAGGUGUGAAAAUUAUGAGACUAUAAAUAAGACAGCAUUCUGCGCUCAUCAAGAUCAAUGUUUGGCUAAUGCUGAGCCAGGAGAAAGCACAGAAAACAUAGAAGCUACUGAAAAUGAUGGAGAUGGAGAAGAAACGCAUCCUGGAAUUCGUUCUCAUAGGAAAAUGUUUGAAUGUGAUGUAUGUAAUAUGCAAUUUUCCAAUGGAGCUAACAUGAGACGACAUAAGAUGAGACAUACUGGUGUGAAACCAUAUGAGUGUCGUGUAUGCCAAAAAAGAUUUUUUCGCAAGGAUCACUUGGCAGAACAUUUUACAACACAUUCUAAAACUUUGCCAUAUCAUUGUCCAAUUUGUAAUCGAGGAUUUCAAAGACAAAUUGCUAUGAGAGCUCAUUUUCAAAAUGAACAUGUUGGUCAACAUGAUAUGGUUAAAUCUUGUCCUUUAUGCAAUUAUCGUGCAGCAACUAUGAAGUGCCUCAGGUUACAUUUUUUUAAUAGACAUGGAAUAGAUCUAGAUAAUCCAGGACCAAAUAGUUCAAGUUCAUUGAUGAAUAGCUGUGCUCCAGGCGAAGCUAUGCCUUCAGCUCCUCUUUCAGAUAGUGGAGACAGUACUGGAAAUCGUUCUGCAGAUAAUGCGACUCCGCCAAUGCACUUCCUAACACCUCAUAUAGAAAUAUCAAUUCCUUAUCCUGAACAAAUUACAAGUCAACGAAAUCCAAGUCCUGCUCCUUUAAAUGGAGAUAGCCCAAACAGUCCACAAAGUGCAGAUAGUAACAGUAAUGCUCCAAGUAGUAGUCAUCAUCAGUUACCAAUUAACAGUAGUGGCAUUCAUAGGAAUCUUGGUGGCAGUGAAGAAGCAAUUACACCUUCUAUUUCAUUAAUUCCUAUUAAACAAGAACUAAAUAGUAAUGGAACAGAAGAAAAUGGAGCAACAUCUAGCAAUCUUCCAUUACCAUCUUUAAUAAAGGUCUCGCCAUUAAAAUCUCUUCUUCGAGAUGAUUUACGACGUAAACUUUCAUCUGGCUCAGGAAAUAAUAACAACAACAACAAUAAUAAUGGUAAUAAUAGCUCAAAUUCAAAUCCACAUUCAAGAGGAGAACCUCCUAGUUCAACAAGGCCCGAUCAACGAAGCAAUGGACUUCAAUGCGCUCAUUGUAGAAUUACCUUUCCUGAUCAAACAUUAUAUUUUCUUCACAAAGGUUGUCAUAGUGAAAGCAAUCCCUGGAAAUGUAAUAUUUGUGGAGAACAAUGUUGCAAUUUAUAUCAAUUCAAUUCGCAUUUAUUAAGUAAAAGUCACCAAUAAUUAUUGAAAGAAUAAUAUUCUUUCAAUAAUUCUUAGAACCUUGUUUAUUUAAAUAGUUGAUAUAAAUUAUUUUGCUAUAAUUUAUACAAGAAAAAUUAUAAUUUUGAAUCAAAGAGUAUUUAUGUUUUAUAGUAUAAAAUAUAAAUUAAAUUUUGAAAAUUAUAUAUAAUAAUAUUCAAAAUUAAUAUUUCUAAUUAUUUAUAAAUAUAGAUAUUAAUAAAUGAGGUUCAAGGAAUAAUACUUUGCUAUUUGGAAAAAAUCGUGCCUUCAUCAAAAAACCUUUGUCAACGCUCACAUUCGUCCGAACCGUGCUAAUUUAUGAUGGUACGAAUAAUCCGUCCAUGGGGCUUUACUAAAUCAUAUUCCGAAAGCUCUAUUGAUAGUUUUUAAUCUAGUUAUAUAUAGUUUUAGAUAGAAAAAAACAGUGAAUAUCAUUGUGCUCUUUUCUUUUAUUCAAAUUCUUUUUAUGCACUGUUUUUUGUUUAGUUUUUUGUAAAAAAUUAUUUGUUAAAUUUUAUUAAUUUUAUAUUUAAAUUCUUAUAUUAUUAUAUAUAUAUUUUACUUAAUCUUAUUAAAAUAAGAAUAUUAUCAUAAGGAAUAUUAUCAUAAGAAUAUUAUCAUAGGAAAUAUUGUUUUGAUUAUUCGUAUAUUCCAAAAAUUUACGAAUAAUCAAACAAAAUUACUUAAAAAUUAAAUUUUAAUUAUUGAUUUAUUAUUAUAGCGUGAAAAAACCGAGCCGUGUAAAACAUUGCAUAUAAAUACAAAUAUAUAAAUAGGAAAAAGAGAUGAUAGUAAAGUGUUAUUUUAGGAUAAGAAAUAUUUUAUAUAAAGAUAUUUGUACAGAAAAGAAAUAAAAUAUUAAAAUGUAUGCAAA